UCCUUCGUUCUCCUUCCUCCGAACAUUUUGUCUGCUAUAAAAAAGCUUCUGCUACCUCCGCUUCCACUACAUCUCGUCUCUCGCAUACAUACAUACAUCUCUCAUCUCCUCUCUCUCUCUCUCUCUCCCCCUCCCUCUAGCUUUAUACUCAGAUCUCUUUUCUGCUUUGAUCGUCUCUCUCUCUUUGAGAUUUCGCUGCUCUUUCUAGGGUUUUCAGCUCGAGCUCAGAGUCAUGGCGUCUGAAAUCGAACAAGGAGCCAAGAGGGACUUAGAGAAGGGGCUGAUAAUGACACGAGAACUAAGUCAAAACAGUCCUGCUGAUCCAUCACCUCCACCAUCCCCAUCAUCGAGGGCACCUGCUCUUGUUCUGCCCUAUUCUGGCAAGACGGUCGAUCAUGCUAGUAAGAAGAAGUAUGUCAAACAAGUGACUGGCAGCCACAACGACAUCGAGCUUCACUUGGCAGCACAGCGUGGUGGCCUCCCAGCAGUGAGACAGUUUCCCAACGAUAUUGAUUUGCAAAUGGUUGGGACCUUGAGUGGUGCAGAGCUGGAUGAACGUAAACGCGCAAACAAGGAGCAGAAGACCGCUCUCGACAUAGCGGUGGAGCUCCCCUACUUGAAGGAGUUGAUGAAGAUCGAAGCCCACCGCCCCCAUUAAGGGUCUAUCAAAAUCGAGAUCCCGCCUACCAGGGAGCUCAGUCGAAACCUCCGGAAACGCCUCAAUCACAAUGCCACCUCGGUAAAUAAGGCUGCAGUCCUCAUAGCCCAGAUCGCAUUUGCUGCCAUCUUCACAAUCCCAGGCUCACCUGUAGAGACAAGCCACAACAUCUCGGUUCAGGUCCUGGUAAUAUUCAACUCCAUCGCAUUCUUUGCAUCCCUAGCUGUGGUGGUGAUUCAGACGAUUCUUAGCCGUGGGGAGACCGAGCCCGAGGUGAUAGUAAUGACGGCAGAGGUCAGCAAUAAGCUGAUAUGGUUAGCUUCCGCAUGCAUCUUGGUCAUGUUCAUGGCAACGAUAACUAUUGUGGUUGGGAGACGGUGUCAGUGGGCCACUAUCCUGAUCAUGGUCGUGGGAGGUGCGUUGAUUGCUGGGUCUCUAGGGAUCAAGACUUGCUACGAAGUGAGGAGAUUGAGGAAGAUUGAAUAAAUCAAGAAGGAAACAUAGCCGUAAUCACUAUACAUAAAUAUAUGCCAAGUCGUUACAUACAUGUUACAUGUGAUGCAAUUGGAUUGGUCAACAAUACAUGCAACCAGUCAACAAGCCCGCCACUCUUUUUUUUUUUUUGAAAUCAUAUUAUUGUAAAUAGAUAAUAGAAUUUUUUUUUCGUUGUAAUUGCUUAUCGUAUUUCCACUUCCACUUUAUAUGUUAUGUUAUAUAUGUCUGUAAUAUUGAUACAGGAUAUGAACUUAUUUUUUUAUAUUAUUAGUUAAUAAAUUA